AUGAACAAUCUCACGCAGGAUUCCAGUGACACACCGAGUCUCUUCAAAAAGUACUUUCUAGGCGAAUCGCCGACAAAUAUUCUUCUUCGUUUAGCGCUCAUCAUCCUAUUCAUUCUUCUCAUCUGGUGUAUUCUAACUAUAAUUCUCAUCUUUUAUAUACGAUAUCAACGAAAGAAACAUUUGCAAUACUUCAAUGAAUCGCAUCAUCAUCCUAUGUAUGGAAGUAAAUUGAAUUUAACUAAUACUAAUGUGAAACGUCGUUCGCCGCAUCAUUCAUCUGCAUCGUUCAAACGAAAAUCGUUUUCAGCAUCGGUUAGGAAACCUCCGCUGGCAAAUGAAAAGAAUAAAGUCUCGUUUAAUACGAAUAAUACUCAUGCAAUUAUUACAGCUAUGACGAAACCACCGUUAAGUUUCCGUCAGAAAUCAAUUUUGGUCACAAGACUCGAUCCCAAUGAACGUCAAGUGGCAACAGAAAUCAAAGUACCUGUAGAAAAUAAACACAAAACAUCGAAUCCGCCGGCUAAUCACAGUUCGACAAAGGAAGUAAAGCUACCCGUUCAACCUAAGUUUUUCUUCGAUGAUCGAACUGAUCAAACCUUCUCGAAAAGUCCAUUCCAAAUAUUUGCUAUUAAAAUCCGUCGCUUUCCAAACACUAAUCUACAAACGCUACCAUUACGAAAUUCGUUUCUAUCGAACUCGAUAACGCCGAACGAACGUGUCAUUCACUCCCAUUGCUUGCCAACAGUUAUGGUAACGGAUACCAACGCAUCCUAUACAAAUAUUGUCGAAUUCGAAACAUUCGAAGACGAACAAGGAACACGAACUGAUGUAGAAAAACGUCUUGCACGGCAAUUAAGAGCCUUUUAUCGAGUCAGACAUUCGACAUAA